UGGGUGAUGCUUAAAUGCUCGUUGGAGAACCCUUGCAGCCUGUUGUGUAAGCAGGGAACUCCGCCUGGAUAUGAGGUACUGAGGAGAAGAAGAGCAUCACGCCUGGCCGCUCACCUUGCCCAUUUGAGUGCACAUAAUGGAGACCAAGGAAGAGAAGAAGGAACGAAGACAAGGCUAUUUCGCUCGUUUGAAAAAGAAAAGGCAAGCCAAACAAAACGCUGAGACUGUCUCUGCCAAUUCACCUGGAUCUCCUGUUUCCAAAACUCCUGCUGAGAAAGAUGAUGGAAGUAAAGUUAUUUUGGACCAAAUCAGUUCCUCUGAAGACAACUGUAAAUUUUCUGGGGAAAAGGAAACUGCUCCGGACAAAGAAAAGAAAAAGAAAAAAUACAAUCAGCUGAAAGACAUCAGGCGCACAGAACUUAAAAGAUACUAUAGCACGGAUGACAAUCAAAACAAAACCAAUGAAAAGAAAGAGAAGAAGAUGGUUUCUCAGAAACCUGUUGGUACAGUAGAAUAUACUGCUGGAAAUCAGGACACCAUAAACAGCAUAGCAUUAAAAUUUAACAUCACCCCAAACAAGCUUGUGGAACUCAAUAAGCUUUUCACGCAGACAAUUGUUCCAGGCCAGAUUCUCUUUGUGCCAGAAACAAGUGCUGCCAGGCUGUCUUCUUUCAGUCCUGGUGCUCCCGUUUCUCCUUCAUCAUCAGAUGCUGAGUACGAUAAACUCCCUGAUGCUGAUUUGGCAAGAAAGGCCUUCAAACCAGUUGAGAGAGUCCUGUCUUCCACCUCAGAAGAGGAUGAGCCUGUGGUUGUCAAAUUUUUAAAAAUGAAUUGUCGUUACUUCACAGAUGGUAAGGGUGUAGUUGGAGGAGUCAUGAUAGUAACUCCAAAUAACAUCAUGUUUGACCCACAUAAAUCUGAUCCUCUGGUAAUUGAGAAUGGCUGUGAAGAAUAUGGGCUAAUCUGCCCCAUGGAGGAGGUUGUCUCUAUAGCUCUCUACAAUGAUAUCUCUCACAUGAAGAUUAAAGAUGCAUUGCCAUCUGACAUACCAAAGGAUCUUUGUCCUCUGUACAGGCCAGGAGAAUGGGAAGACCUUUCCUCUGAGAAAGAUAUCAAUCCUUUCAGCAAAUUCAAAUCCCUUAGCAAGGAAAAGAGGCAACAGAAUGGGGAUUCAUCCAUUGUGCCAGGUGCCAAACAGAUAAAACCUUCAGAUAAGGAGAAGUCUGCUGAUUUUGAAGUUCUUCAGUCAUCUGAGAGUACAGGUUCAAUCAAAUCAAAGUCACUGGAGUUUGCCAACAAUAUCACUGCCACUGAGCAUUUGGAAAAGUUUGCUUUGGAUCCACAUACCAAGGAGCCUUCUGGAGAAAAAAACGCUUCAGACAUCAGAACCAAAGACAACUCCCUUUUGGGAGGAGGAAGGGAUGAUUUCGUAGAACUGGAUAAGACAUCAUCUCGUGUGGAUAGAGGGUUGGACAGGAAAAUCUCAGUAAUGGAAGGCUUGCUGGCUGACCCCAAGGAGUUGGGGAGAACUAAGCAGCAGGUAACCAAACCCACUACAGAAGUCCAGGAGCGCUUGACUGUUGAUUCCUUGGAAAAAAAGGACAGUGUUGAGCCUAAAGCUGACUUAGACUUAGAGCUGUGUGAAAAGCAAGAUGUUAUUCCAGAAGUAAACAAAUGUGUCAGUUCCCCGACAGGUAAGGUGGAGACUGCAUUGGACACUAAGAAAGAGCUAGAGAAAGAUAAACUUAUUGAAUUUUACCUCAAUAAAGAUGGGAAUGGGUCUCAGUCAUCUGAAGACUUACACAAGGCUGAAAUCCAGAAAGGUGAAAACAAUAAAGCAAUUGGCAUAGACCUUACACUUAGCUGUUCAAAGGCCCAAGCUAAUGAAGUCCAUACAGUUAAAAGUAUGGAGCUUGACUCCUGCUGCGUUGAAAGGAAAACACCUUCAUUAGAAAUCAGCUCAGCAGCAGCAGAGGAAAAGGAUCUGAAAGAGUCUGUGGACUCUUCAUUAGUACCAGCUGUAGACAAGACCUGUCAAGAAACACAGUUAGACAAUCAAUCAGAGAUCAGACUGUGGCUGCUGCAGAAAAUUCAAGUGCCAAUUGAAGAUAUGCUUCCUUCAAAAGAGGAGAAGAGCAAAACUCCUCCAAUGUUUCUGUGCAUUAAAGUAGGCAAACCCAUGAGAAAGUCCUUUGUGUCUCAGAGCACCACCAUGUCUCAACAGUACAGUAAAAAGAUAAAGCAACCAGAGUACUGGUUUGCUGUUCCUCGGGAAAGGGUGGAUCACCUGUACACGUUUUUUGUCCAGUGGUCACCAGAAAUAUAUGGGAAGGAUGCCAAAGAGCAAGGUUUUGUUGUGGUAGAAAAGGAAGAGCUUGAUAUGAUAGACAACUUCUUCAGUGAGCCCACUACUAAAAGCUGGGAGAUCAUUACUGUAGAAGAAGCAAAACGGCGCAAGAGUGUUUGCAGUUACUAUGAAGAAGAAGAAGAUGAUACUUUACCUGUCUUAAAGCAUCACAGUGCACUCCUGGAGAAUAUGCACAUAGAGCAGCUUGCCCAGCGCUUGCCUGCAAGAGUGCAGGGAUAUCCCUGGCGGCUUGCAUAUAGCACACUGGAGCACGGGACUAGCCUGAAGACUCUGUACCGUAAAUCCGCAUCUCUUGACAGUCCAGUUCUCCUUGUCAUCAAGGAUAUGGACAACCAGAUUUUUGGAGCAUAUGCUACACAUCCCUUCAGGUUUAGUGACCACUACUAUGGCACUGGUGAAACAUUCCUCUACACAUUCAGUCCAAAUUUCAAGGUAUUCAAAUGGAGCGGGGAGAAUACCUACUUCAUCAACGGAGACAUGACCUCCCUGGAACUUGGAGGUGGAGGUGGCCGGUUUGGCUUAUGGUUAGAUGCAGAUUUGUAUCAUGGGCGAAGCAACUCCUGCAGCACCUUCAAUAAUGACAUCUUAUCUAAGAAAGAAGAUUUCAUAAUACAGGAUGUAGAAGUAUGGACAUUUGAAUGAAGUACUUACUGACUGCCUUAAGGACUGGAUCCAUUAGGCACUUAAAAAACCAGAAGGUGCGGGCUGCCUCACAACGUUACACGCUUUUUUCUCAAGUUGUACCAGAGCAUGACUACGCAAAAAAUAACCAAGGAAAAACAGAGCUGGUUCUGAGAGGCAGUAGGAGACAGAACAAUAAAAGACCAGAGGCGUUUUUUACUCCCUCCUCCAACAUUCCUCCAUCAGAGAUGUGAUGCUUAUGAUAACGUUCAUGGUGUAUAAAUUGAAAACUUCUCUGUAACUGUGAAAAGAUACUGUGGGAAAACUAAGUGUCUAGUACAUUCCAUGUGUAUUUAUGUUCAGUGUACAAAUGCUAACCAAAAAUAAAAGGUUACUUCACCAAAAUCUACAGCAUACUGUUUGCCAUGGAAAAGAAUCAGGAGUAGGUGUACACAGCACUUAAGGGAACAUGUUUUUAAAGUCUUUUUAUUUAUUGUUAUUGUAUAGCAGGGUUUUUUUGUAAAUUUAUUAGGUAUGUUUUUUCCUUUUUUUUUUUUAAAAAAAAAAGUUUCAAACCUCAAUUUGAUAAAUAAUUUCUAUUCAGGUAGGUUUCUUAGGCAUUGCAUUUAUUCUGAAUCAAUUUAUUUGAUUUCUGGAGUUUAAUUUUUAUAUUUUUAUUUUGUAAAUGAGAUUUGGUUUUCAUUUUACCCUAAUAAGAGGGUUUGUUUUCUGCCAGAAACACUUGAGUGCGUAAUUCUGGUUUUCUCGGAGAUGAGGGAGAAGGUGGUUAGUGCUUCUCAUUAACUCUGCUGCCACGUUCCUGUUAACAGAUCACUGUUUUGGCAGCGUAUGGAGACAUUGGGCAAACUGCCACCUAGUAUAGACUGUAUCAGCUCUGGUGCAGUCAACAGAAUUGGGACAGCAUGCUCUGAGCAUCUGUCCUAGUGCUAUGUGACUGUUUAUGAAGGACGUUUCUAAGAGGAUUGUUUUUCUGUACCACCACCAAAUGAUUCAAAAUAAACCACCCACUGUGCUUUUUUUUUUUUUUUGAGCAUUUCUUUACAAAUUGAAUAACUGCUUUGUUAAGGAGAAAAUGCAAUCUUAAGAUUUAGAAAAGAAUGAUAUUUCCCUAACAGGCCAGGUCAUGUUAGUGUAAUGGUUGUUUUCUUAGUAAUUAAUAUACGACUUCCUUCCUGAAAAAGACUUGAAGCAACGGGCUGGAUUUGACAUGCAAAGAAAUUGUCAUCUUUGUUUUUUCAUGAAAUAAUUGGAUAAUUUUCUUCUUUCUCCUCUCAACACGGAAAAGAUUCCAUGUUUCAAAAUUAGGCUAAACUCUAAAAAGGCCAGUGCUAUUACAGUUUUGGCAAGUAGGGAAGUGUGUCAGAGGACUGGCAAUCUUCAUUGGUUUCUAAGGAAUUCUGCUUUCCAGUUAAGCUAUGCUUUUACUUACACCAUCCAAAGCUGACCAAAACGGGCUUUGUGGCUACACUAGAACACUCUCCUGUCGUUAGUCUUGAAUGUGGGGUUGUCCUGAGAAAGGCAGGUUAUAGAAAUGGUAGCGUGCUUACAUGCAUUAAACAGUACAGCCUAAUUCUAGAAUAUCAUUAAUGAAGUAAUACAACUCAGUUUAGUUACUGCUCCUCCCCUUUUUAAAAAUGUAUUUAAAGAAAAAGAAGCCAGUGGUUUUCUUUCAAGAGCACUAACAAAUCUUAAUUCUGCACAGAAAUUUCACAGCCUACAACCACUGCUAGAUACAGCAAGUCUGUACCACGCCGCACGCACGCUUUUCACAAUUCCCAUCUACAUGGUCUACUGCAGCCGUCAAUCAACUUACUGGUGAUGCUGUAAAAUAUUUUCCACGUUGCUAGUAGCAUAAUGCUUUGAAGAUACCAGAAAUAUCUAAUACUUUGCUUUUUAUGGUGGCAGACCACUUACUAGUUUAAAAAUAAACAGAAACAAAUAAAACCCCACCAACCCAUGCCCAAGUUCAACAUUUUCCGUGCAUUUCACUAUUGUUCCUCCAACGUACGCCAUUAUAUGAUACUUGUCAGAGCAUAUCUAAAUGCUGUGUUCUAUAUUCAAAGCAGUGUUGUUCAAUCGGAAUUCUGUGACCCUUGAAGCUAUGAAUAUUGAAUAUAUGUAAUGCAGUGCUAUCACAAUAUUUUCAAUAAAGGAAUUUAUGCAUUCAGAAA